AUGUCGUCACUGGUCAGCAAGUACCUGCCGUGGCUGCUGGUCUUGUUGCUGCGCGGCGGCGUGGCGGCGGACGGGAAGAAGAAGGUGCCGGCGAUCAUCGUGUUCGGCGACUCGUCGGUGGACACGGGCAACAACAACUUCAUCCCGACGAUCGCGCGGAGCAACUUCUGGCCGUACGGCCGCGACUUCGCCGACGGGCUCCCCACGGGCCGCUUCUCCAACGGCCGCCUGGCGACGGACUUCAUCUCGGAAGCGUUCGGCCUGCCGCGCACCAUCCCGGCGUACCUCGACACGAACCUCACCAUCGACGACCUGGCCACGGGGGUCUCCUUCGCGUCGGCCUCCACCGGCCUGGACAACGCCACCGCGGGCAUCAUGUCCGUGAUCAGCAUCGCGGAGCAGCUGGGCUACUUCAGGGAGUACAGGGAGCGGCUGCGGCUGUCGAAGCUGGGCGAGGCGGGCGCGGAGGAGGUGGUCGGCGAGGCGCUGUACAUCUGGAGCAUCGGCACCAACGACUUCAUCGAGAACUACUACAACCUGCCGCAGCGGCGGAUGCAGUACGCGACGGCGGCGGAGUACGGGGCGUACCUGCUGGGCCUGGUGGAGGCGGCCGUCCGCGAGGUGCACGCGCUCGGCGGCCGGAAGAUGGACUUCACGGGGCUCACCCCCAUGGGCUGCCUCCCCGCCGAGCGCCUGGGCAACCGCGACGACCCCGGGCAGUGCAACGAGGAGUACAACGCCGUGGCGCGGAGCUUCAACGGCAGGCUGCGGGGGGAGCUCGUGCCGAAGCUCAACCGGGAGCUCCCCGGCCUGCGCCUCGUCUACGCCGACACCUACGACCUGUUCGACGCCGUCGUCAGGAAGCCCGGCGCCUACGGUUUUGAGAACGCUGAGAGGGGGUGCUGCGGGACAGGGCUGUUCGAGGCCGGCUACUUCUGCGGCUUGGGCACCUCGAUGCAGCUCUGUGGGAACGCUAACAAGUACGUCUUCUUCGACGCGAUCCAUCCCACUGAGAGGAUGUACAGUAUCCUCGCCGAUACAGUCAUGAACACCACGCUGCAUGUGUUCCUCUGAAUACUGUGUAGUUUUCGCAAACAGCAUAUUAAUUGGAUGGGACGAUGGAUGUGUAUAUGUGGUACUACUACG